AUGGAAACUCUCUGGAACUCUGAUAUUCUUAAAGUAGAAUACACAGUGUUUGGAUGGAUUGCUUUUGUGGCUUGGUCUACUAGUUUCUAUCCUCAACUUUUCUUGAACUUCUCAAGAAAAAGUGUGGUUGGUUUGAACUUCAACUAUCUACUCAUGAACAACACCAAACAAACCUUAUACCUCAUCUACAACGCCUCCUUGUACUUCAGUUCCACUGUUCAGUUUCAAUAUCGCAAAAAGUAUGGCUUUGAUCAGAUGAUACCAGUAGCUGCAAAUGAUGUUGCAUUCUCAGCACAUGCUGUUUUAGUAACCUCAAUAUUGUUGUUCCAAGUUGUUAUAUACGAGCGUGGAAAUCAAUCAAUAUCAAAAAUCACUAUGGGAAUUAUUACAGUGGUGUGGGUAACUGCUGGAGUUUGUUUCUUCAUAGCAUUCCCUUCCAAUUCAUGGCUUUGGCUAGUUACUAUCUUUAACACAAUGCAAGUACUCCUAGCAUCUAUCAAAUAUAUUCCUCAGGCAGCUAUGAACUUCAUGCUAAAGAGCACAGAUGGAUUUUGCAUUGGAAAUGUGUUCUUAGAUUUCAUCGGAGGAAUAUCAAACUUUGCUCAGAUGGUUACACAAUCAAUUGAUCAAAACUCUUUGGUAAAUUUCUCUGGGAACCUUGGCAAAGUAUUGUUAUCCCUGGUGACCCUUUUCUUUGAUAUUCUAUUCAUGUUUCAACGUUUUGUGCUUUAUCCAUCAAAUAAAACAUCAUUGAUUCCUCUUUCUAAACUCAAUGACAAAGUUAAAGAGCCCCUCAUAAAGUCUCCUAAUCAGCCAUUAGCAACAAAUAUGCAUGCAACUGAAAAUGAUUUAGUUUGA